GCCAGAAGCGGCUGAUGUUGCAGGUUUGUCCCGUCGUGGUCCAACAUUUCCCAUGUUUUUUCCCAUUUAUAAGCUGUACCCCGCAUAAAUAAUUUGGAUAUAGAAAUAAUUUCUUGAAGGAAGUGUGGGUAAUCUUUAAAAUCCUUGGAUAAUUGUUCAUGUAAAGUAUUCCACACCAUGGCAUCACCAUCUUCAUCAGGAACAGAUGCAGCUGCUGUGCCGGCAGACAUUGGGAUUGCAAGUAUUGUCCCAGAUCAAGGAAACCAGCUCGAGGCAGACUCAGAGUCAAUUGGGGACGACCUCGAUUCUUCGUUUGAGAGUGACGAUGAUGCUCAGUCAAUUACUACGUCAUUGAGUUCCAGUUUUGCCAAAUAUCGUAUGGAAAAUGGGAGAUCGUACCACCAAUACAAGGACGGACAAUAUGCGUACCCGAACGAUGAGAUCGAGAAAGAUCGUUUAGAUCUUCAACACCAUCUUUUCAAAUUAAUGAUGGAUCAAAAACUCUACUUGGCGCCAAACAAACCAAACCCACAAAACGUUCUGGAUAUUGGAACAGGUACGGGACUGUGGGCUAUUCAGUUUGCCGACGAGAACCCUUCAGCCCAAGUUAUUGGCACAGAUCUAAGUCCCAUCCAACCAACAUUCAUCCCUCCAAAUCUUCAAUUCUUGAUCGACGAUGCAGGCGAAGAUUGGGUCUUCUCCCAAAAGUUCGAUUUCAUCCACGCUCGUCAACUCCACUGUGCCGUAGAAGAAAAGCGGCUGAUUGAACAAGCAAUACAGAACCUCUACCCCGGCGGGUUCUUUGAAAUGCAAGAACUCGCCUUCCCCGGCACCUGCGACGACAACUCCAACCCUCCCUCCAACGCCCUCUCAAAGUGGAACGCCCUCAUGCUCGAAGCAUCCACCAAGAUGGGCAAACCGCUCAACAACCCACCCAAAUACGCAGAAUGGAUGCGCGAUGCUGGUUUCACAAACGUCCAUUCUAGUUUGUACAAAUGGCCUUCUAAUACUUGGCCAAAGGGUAAGAAGGAAAAGACGCUGGGGUUGUGGAAUAUGGUUAAUACGCUUGAUGGGCUGGAGGGCUUUACGAUGGCGAUGUUUACGAGGGUGUUGGGCUGGACGCCUGAGGAGGUGCAGAUUUUCUUGGUGGAUGUGAGGAGGGAUUGUAAGGAUAGGAAGUUGCAUAAUUAUUGGCCUGUGUAUAUAACGUAUGGCCAGAAACCGCUGGAGAAUCAAAGCCGAGGCAGACAGUCAGGGGGAGAUGGAUCCGGUCAAUUCGAAUAUUUGGCUCCCUCUUGUCAUAGUCUACAAAUUGGACCUUGAUUUUCCCGGGGACUUCGAAGCGUAAGAUAAAAAUUCAGUCUAUACAGCAGGCUUCUCAUGUCAAGAACUA